AAAUGCUCCAACCAACUCUAAAGUUUGAAUAUUAAUAAUUCCAGAGAGAAUGGCAGAAAGUGUUAAAGAAGAAAUGGUUCCGACCAAGAAAGAAAUCUCAACUGAUGAGGAAACAUGCACAGUAUACAUUAAGGAAGAAGAUGUAAAGACUGAAUUUAAUGAGACUUCAGGUGAAAUCAUGGAUAAUGAAGAAGAUCCCCUUCAAUUGGAACCAAAGAUAAUUAAGAAGAUUAAACAUGACAAUAAAAAAUACAUUUAUUGUGAACAAUGUGAUUAUGUGGCGACCCAAGUUGGACAUCUGAGGAGACAUGUUAGGAAUAAACACGAAGGAUUGAGAUUUCCUUGUACCUAUUGUGAAUAUGCUGCCACCCAACUAGAUCAUUUGAGAAAGCACAUUGAAAGUAAACAUGAGGGUGUUAGAUACCCUUGUAAUCAGUGUAAUUAUGUUGCCACCCUAGCAUGUCAUUUGAAGACGCAUACGGACAGUAAACAUAAUGGUAUUACAUUUCCUUGUGCUCAAUGCAGUUAUGAGGGCUCUACAUUAAGUAAUCUGAAAAAACAUAUUCAGCAUAGACAUGAGGGAGUGAGAUAUCCUUGUGAUCAGUGUAACUUUGCUGCCAUUACAGCAGGUCAUUUAAAGAAUCAUAUAAGAAAUAAACAUGAAGGAGUGAGAUAUCCAUGUGAUCUAUGUCAGUAUGCUUUCACAACAGUUUCGAAUCUAAAAUCACACAGAAGGAAAAUGCACAACGAAAAAAAUACCAAGUAGGGUUACCCACAAAGAAUAAUACUGUAAAGACGACUUGAUACUCUUAAAUCUAUUCUAAGUUUAAAUAAAGUCUCCUGCUAUGAAUGUAGUCUUUAAAUUUCUAAUUUAAUGAUUUGGAAGGAAAGAAAGAAGUUUAAAGUUGUAGGGAAUCAUGAAUGUAUGCCAACCCCACAAGUCUGGUUCAAACUCCAGCCACAUGUAUGUGAUAGCAAGGUAGGGGGUGUAUUGAACCGAUUGAGAGCCGGGGAUGCAGGGCUUGGAAACCGACGCCCAAACAUCCAUGGCUCCGCCACUAAAUGGUGUCCGCUAUGCCUAAGUAAAGGGAUAGUUAACCACCUUUCGGAGCAUCACGUUGUUGUAUCCUGUCAAGCAGUAGCCUAUGAGAGGUCUAAAACAGGGCUAGGAGCCCUUAUGUCAGGGAGGCCACGGAGCAGCACGGCAAUCCUUACUGGGAUAUUAGGGGGAGAUAAUGUCUCAAAGGAAGUGCUGCUGAAAAGGACUGAAAAGAUAAACUUACUGCUGGAGCGGUGGAUGGAUUUGGCAGGAACAGCUUAAUUCGGGUAACCUCUUUUCUUCGCCUAAAGGGUUGUUUGAUACCAACCUUCCAAUGGAGUUAGUUGAUGAGCCACUGGCUGGAUA